UAUUCUUAUAAAUAAAGUUUCUACCAGUUUUGAGUCAACCAGAAAAUCCACAAAAACCUCCAAGAUAUUGACGCCCGCGGUUAGGCCAAAGAUUCAUUUCAAGUCGAGUCAAAAAUGAAUGCUUUAAAGAAGAAUUCAGUGUUAAAUCAGCAAUGCCUACGAAACAAGAUCGAGGAGCUAUCGCCUCUACUUCUCAAGCAGUUCAACUUGGGGGUUUCCAACAAGGAUAAAUUGUUCCAGGCCACAUGGAGCUACUAUGCCAGCGGCUGCCAAGAGCGACUGACGAGCAUUCGCAGGCGCAUUGAGCAGAACGCCAGGAUAGUGGCGCCCACGGUUGGGCCAAGGACUCAACUUCACAAGAAUUUGAACAUAUCCCUUUAUGAGAGUUCCCUGCCGCCGGGCGUGAAUUUGGAAGAUCACAUCUACAACGAGCUAGUGUCCUGUUUCCGCUGCUCAGACGAAGAUCCUGCAAAGGCAAAGGUCCGAAAAGAACCCAAUUCUGUUCAGCCGGAACAAUGGAAUUCAUGGAAAUGCGAGGAGCUAGAGGUGCGUCAGAUGCUUAAGCAAACCAAGAACCCCUAUCUCCAGGAAGAGUUGAAGAAGAAACUGCAAAAACUCAUAAAACUAACCAAUCGUCAUCUUACAAUUAAGCUACAAAGUCAGUGUGAAGAAACCAAGAAAACAGCUUUGAAAAAAACAAAAGGAAGACGUCCAGCCAAGCACACAUCCUCACAGGGCAGCAAAAGCUCCUUGGUUAACCCGGAACGGGAGCAUUCUAAUAUAGAAAGUAUAUUCAAUAACCCCAAGUAUCCUUAUAUUUCCAAGAGAUACACCAAUCCAAAAUUAUCCAACAAUGAAAAGCCAAAGAAAUUAAAGUCUUCCUUCACAAAUAAAUUACCAAAAAUGUCAGAAGAAUCUAAAUUCAAGGGAGACAAGACCUCGGCUCAAGUAAAAAAUAAAAAAGACUCCAACAAAAAUCGCAAAUCGAUUCUCAAAAGUAAAUCCCAAAAAUCUCUUGAAUCUGAGGUAAGAGAAAAUAAGACCGAUGGAAUAGUUAAGAUAAAAGAUAGGAGAAAUGAGGAACAAAAUAUAGAUAAGAUAACUGACCGUUUAAAGGAUUCUAUUAAGCUAAAUAGGAAAAAUGCUAAUGUAGAAAACAUAAGUAAACCCUCCUUGCAGACCUCAUCGUCUGAGGCGAACGCCUGGCAAUUAUUAACUCCAGCUCUAUCCUCUUUUUCAUUUAAGGAUAAAAGUGACAGUACCAAGUCCAUCACUAGAGGUACCUUUAUCAAGGAUAAAUAUCAAUUUAAACGAAAAUCGUCGAUAUCAGGUAGAAAUCGAAUGGGUUCUAUAAGAAAAUCGAACUCCUGGCACUUUCAUUAUCCAUCAAAGCCCAAUAGGGAGGGUGUUAAACCCCCUACUCGAGAUACCAAUAUCACAGCCUCGUUGUCGGAAAAUAGUCGAAGGGGAUCUAUCAGGAAGUCUUACUCCUGGCACUCGCUAGAUUCGGCUGAUAGAGAUAGGAGAAACUCCUCUACUCGGAGGAGUUAUCAAAAGAGAGCCAUUACGAAAUCGCACUCCCGACACUCUGAAACCUAUAUUCCAUUUAAGGCCCAUAAACCCAAGAGUAAACCCUCUACUAAAGGUAAAAAUAUUAGAUCGUCUUUAACCGAAAGUAGUCCAAUGGCAUCCAUAAAGAAGGCCAAGAGUAAAUCCAUUGAAAACUACGACUGGCCACCUCCCAUGGGCGUGUCACACAUGGAAUACUUUAAAUCCUUUGGUCAUACCAAGACCAAAGACCACAAGGAAAAGGAAAUGUCUGUAUUUCCUAAAAUUGCCUUCCGGGAGGAGCCAAAACCUAUCAUAACAGAACCUCUUGACGAAGAGAACCCUUCGGGUGUAGGAACUCCUUCUUUGGAAUCAGCGUCCCAUCGUAACAUGAUAUCUGAUAGAAUCUCAUUUUCAUAUGGAAGAACCCCAUCGAGUGUGAUCAGUAAUGAGGAGAUAAAACUACCCCAACCCCUAAUCAUAGCCGAUGUUAUAAUGGAUUGCCUGCAGGAGUAUGGAUCGGAAAUAAGCUUCAAGGAUCCCUUCACCAAUUUCAUGAAACCCAAUAAGCUGGAUCGUUGUUACCCAGAGAAAACCAUAAAGAAGCCUCAGCCUAAAAAGGUCAGGAGAGUUAAAGCCAAGGAAAUAAAGCCCAAAAAGAAUACGGUUUGCAAGAAAAUACAAACGAAGCCAUUGAAAUGCGAAACCCCAACCUGCUCCUUGUGCCACAUGGUGCGGCGAAGGCAGUCCGAGCUUCCACCUUAUAUGAAAGAAAUGCAGAGGGAACGCCAGCGCCUGGAACUGAAGGCCUACUACAACCAGAUGAUUCGUAAGGAUAAUUGUCAAGGUCGUUGCCAAAAGCCAGACAACCCGAAGUUUAGUAGAGCCUGUGCGCGUGAGGCUCUGACCAGGUGCUAUGAAUCCCUGAAACUCUGCCAGGAGGUCCUAGAACAGAGGCUACUUAAAAGUUCGAAAGAAUGUCAGGCUGGAAGAUUGGGCAUAUGA